AGUAGCCCAUCUAUGUGUGCCAGCUGCACGAACAGGGUCUAAUUUCGCGGCUGAAUGAGACGAGAGAAAACAGACGAAUGAACGCGUCAACGCUGUUCCCCACAAAGCUCCGUGCUGCUCGAAUGUGAGGUUAUCGCAGGCUGGUUGCAUUAGCUGACCCAUCUGCGUCCAAUAGGAGAGGUGCACGACAAGCCGGAGCUACACCCAAGCACGGCUUGUGCAAGCAGACCUGGUGCUGCACUAAUCCAACACUGAACACGGACCCCAAGAUUGUCCAUCGAGAACCAUGACGGCCAUCAAUGCGCCUCGGGACAAAUACAAUUCAGUAUGGCUCAUUUUCUUUAUCCUGGGCUUGGGAACCCUCUUGCCAUGGAAUUUCUUCAUGACGGCAACAAUGUACUUCACCAGCAGACUGAAGGACGUGCCCACUGUGCACUCCUCCAAUCAGACAGCCAACGUGACGGCCGGAGACUCUCGCAAUGUGCUGGAGUCCAAGUUCAACAACGUGAUGACGCUGUGCGCCAUGGUGCCUCUGCUCAUCUUCACCUGUCUCAACUCCUUCAUACACCAAAGGAUUCCUCAGAAAUUGAGAAUCUCGGGCAGCUUGACUGUCAUCCUGGUGGUUUUUCUGGUGACAGCGGUGGUUGUUAAAGUAGAACUGGCUCCUCUUCCCUUCUUUGUCCUGACCAUGGUCAAAAUUGUCUGCAUCAACUCGUUUGGGGCGAUUUUUCAGAGCAGUCUGUUCGGGCUGGCUGGGAUUCUACCUGCCUCUUACACCACUCCCAUCAUGAGCGGACAGGGGCUGGCCGGCACCUUCGCUGCCUUCUCCAUGAUCUGCGCUCUGGCCAGUGGGUCAGAACUGCAGGACAGUGCUUUUGGUUACUUCAUCACAGCUUGUAUUGUGAUUCUUCUGGCUAUAAUGUCCUACCUCAUUCUUCCCAAGAUGGAGUUCUUCCAGUACUACAUGGAGAGCAGUAGAUCUGCACCAUCAGCCGAUGAGGAGAACAAGAUGGACUUGCUCAAAAAAGAACGUGAAGCUGAAAAGCGGCCGGUGGUGAAUCUCAUGGAAGAUGAGACCAAACCCACCUCGUCUGUGUUUAACAUCUUCAAGCAGAUUUGGGUGAUGGCUCUGUCUGUGUGCUUCAUCUUCACUGUCACCAUUGGAGUUUUUCCAGCCGUGACCGUCGAUGUCAAGUCGACAGUUGCUGGUGAAAGUGCCUGGGAAAAGUACUUCAUCCCCGUGUCGUGUUUCCUCCUUUUCAACGUGAUGGACUGGGCUGGCAGGAGUCUGACGGCCAUCUGUAUGUGGCCGGGCAAGGACAGCAUCUGGCUUCCUAUCCUCGUGGGCCUGCGGGUCGUCUUCAUCCCCCUCUUCAUGCUCUGUAAUGUCCAGCCUCGUGUGAUUUCCCAAACCGUGUGGUUCAGCCAUGAUGCCUGGUACAUCAUCUUCAUGAUUUUUUUCUCCUUUUCCAACGGAUACCUGGCCAGCCUCUGCAUGUGCUUUGGACCCAAGAAGGUGUCGCAGCACGAGGCAGAGACGGCGGGGGCCAUCAUGGCCUUCUUCUUGUCCCUCGGCUUGGCACUGGGAGCUGCUGUCUCCUUCGGUUUCCGGGCUGCGAUCUAAAACCUGCAGUAGAACCUCAAGUAGAUUUAGGUGGACCAUCCUUUCCUCCAACAUCUUCCCUGUCAUGAUCCUGUAUGGGAGCAGCUUUCAGUAACAGAGAGGAGACUGCACAGCAGGCUAGAGGACCUCAGUUUUCGACAUGUGUACAGUUGAGACUCAUCCAUUCAACAAGAGCUGAAAUGGGAUUUUUUUUUUUUCAGCAGCACAGUGUGCAAACCUUUGUUUCUCCUGUUUUUGAGGACAUUUUCUAAUUGGUAACCACUGAUCAGAUCAAUAUUUGGAGUGGAAAUCAAAACCAAAACUUUUAGUUUUAGUGUACUUGUUAUAGAAGAGCACAAAGUCUUUACAGCACAGACUCAUUGAUCAACUGUUAUUUAAAAAAACAAAACAGGAUUAAAAUGUUUUAAAAUAAGUUACUUCAAGGAAUCAUUUUUAAAGAACAAAUCUGUCGUUAAUGAGGUUUUUAGAUGGUGCUCGGUGGCUCAUUCAGUAAAUUGAAAACGUUUACACAUCAGACAUGAAACGCAACUGUUAAUCACUCCAGACCGUUGCAGUCUUUAACGCGGAUCAAGCCAAAUAAAUGAAGACAACAUGGGAAAAUCUUGAACUCUGAAGGGAAAUCUUGACCCAUCACUCGGUUAAGGAACUGCUUCACUCCUCUCUGCUCAGUUUUUUUUACUCAACAAAGACGUCAAAACUCAAAGAAUGUAAAGAUGGACUGAAUCCUAAAGCGGAGGUUAUAAAUAACUUUUUUUUUCUCCUGCUGAAUCUUCUUUGUUUUAGCGAGCAUUUGUAGUUUCAGAUUAUUGUUAUUAUUAUUAUUAGUAUUAUUGUCUCUCUUGCUUCAGUUUGACUCAUCCAGAUGUCACACGUUUUGUUUUUUUCUUAAAUUGCUGCGUCUACCUGAUAAAAAUGAGACUUUGUGAAUAAAUGCAUCAUGAACAUGCAAAACGUGCAGCCGUCAGUCACGUUACAUGGCAAUGUGAGUGAGAUUGGGACUUUAAAAAUGGCGUAUUUUCUCUUUUAAAUGUUCUGUACGUUUUAUAGCAAAUGUAGUUUUUAGCUUAUUUUGGGGAGCCGUUCGUAUCUCAAUAGGAGAUAAAAAUUGGUCAUUUGUUGCAUUUUGGUGGCCUUGUAGGGCUUUAUUUUCUAAGAAGUCUGCUUUAAUUGUACACAGGAUUCAUAUGAAUACUAACAGCCUGCUUGUUUAUAAGCACUCUGGUCUGGGCUUCUAUAGUCUGUUUGAAUGUGGGUAGGAAUCUGUCACAGGCCAUUAAAAUGUUGUAUUUCACUAUAAAGUCAUUCUGUGUAUUUUUAAGA